AUGUGGGCCGGGCCCGUCUCCUUCCAGCCUGGUGGGGAGCGCCUGAGGGGACGCGCGCGGGGACGAGACGCGGUGUCACCGGAAGCCGGGCGCGGACUAGGCCGAGGCCAGGUAGCAGUGGCCCGGCCCGGCCCGGCCCGCGGGGUGAGGGGCCGUGGCCCGGAAGAGGGCCGAGCGUGUCCGAGGGGCCCGCCGACACCGACACAGACACCGACACCGACACGUCCCCGCUUCCCGCCCGGCAGUGCGGGCCGGCGACAUGUCGGGCCCCGGGCCCCGGGCCCCAAGCCUCGCCAACGACCGGGGGCGCCCGCCUGCCGCUCCUGCUGCUGCUACUGCUACUGCUACUGCUACCGCUACUGCUGGCCGGGCCGGGCCGGACUGGACCGGGACCGGCGCCCGUCCGGGGCUGGGAGACCGGAGACCUGGAGUUGCUCGACCUGGUGGAGGAGGUCCAGCUUAACUUCUACGACUUCCUCGGCGUGCAGCAGAUACAUAUUCUUCUGGCUGGCCCAGAGCAUCGAAUGGAGGUACACCCAAGUAGUUGGAUGGACACUAAGCGGAGAGGAGAGGGAGAGCACGGCCUGUGGUACCAUCUGGGAGGCCUUGAUGUCCUGCUUUGAGGACAACCAUCCCAUUUUCUUGUCCCAAGCUCUGGCUUAUACCAACAGCCCACAACCAGAUGUGAAAUUUACGGCCGUGCUCUUCUUCGGAGAGACCCCAAAUACAGGCUGCUCCACUGGAGCUGCUGGGAACCGUGGCUGGUGGCUGGUCGAUGGAGAAGGAAGCCUGCCAACUGCAACAUUGAUGUUCCACUGCCUCCUCUCUGUCCUCUUCCACGUAAUGGACCAGCACCCUACAGUGAGCAAAAAGGCCUUCUGGAAGGCCUACAUAUCCUUUUCAAUAUACAGCAUCAACAUCGGUCUGGAUAAUCUGUGGCUCUUCAGCGAAGACUUGGAAUUCCUUUCCCAGGAGGGGGCCACUGCCCCUGGGUUCGUGGCAUCGGCUGCCCUUCACAAUAACGUCACCCCCGCAACGAGCCACAGGGCUUCCCCCGUACCCGGGCGCAGCUUUCCUUCUGCCGGCGCUGCUUUCGCUCCCUACACUUCCCCGGCAGACGUCUCUCCCCCGGUUGUCCCUGCCCUGGGGUCCCCAGCCCCCGCCAUGCUCGUCACCCCAGCGGCGACCCACGGCGCUCCCCCACCCUCCGCCCGGUACUGCGUCUCCCCAUCUGCCAGCGCUGCCCUUGCCCCGGAGAUCUCAGUAUCCCUGUUGUCUCUGCCCUAG